CUGACUUGAUCUCAUCCAUCCUACGCGGCGAUCAACAAAUCAUCUGAAUUAAGGAAUCUUCAUCACACUUCAUUCAGAUUAUCAUCUCCCCCCCGCUUGCUUUCAUAUCAGCUGCCAUUCACGACUCUUUUCCUCCAGCCACGCAAAGCAGAAUAUCCUCGCUGCCCAUUGCAGUUGAUCGUGGCGCUUCGUGAAACGCUAUAACACGUGUCCACUCAUCCCACGCGUGAACAAUCCGGCAUUUCGCCGCCAGGGGUACGCGUCAAACUCGACACUCACGACCCCAUCUGCGACACAACACGGCAGGCCUUGCAAUCAUGUCGUCUUCCAGAAGGCGCAGCUCGAGACACCAAGGGUCAGCAGCAACUCCCUCAUCAUUGCAGGAUGACGACUUCGCCUCCUCUUCAUCGCGACCAUCUGGUCCAUUGCCAGAUCCAUCCACGAUCUCCCCCGCAUCUUCGCCGGGUGCCAAGCAUCCAGGGCAUCGCGCAUCGGUGUCCAUAGAUGAGUGGGCAGACGAGGAUGCGAUGAGAUCGUCCGGCUCCACUUCAUUCAAACCUUCUGGCUCAACUUCUGGUCCGUUUGCUGCGUCCGAAGCUGCAGAAGCUGUGGCCGAAGGCGUUGCGGAGUCGGCGACCUCGGCGCUCGGCGGAUGGCACUACGCUCCGCUACUCAUCGCUCUCAUUCCACCAGCAGGAGCGCUUCUGGGCGGCAAAGCGGACGCCUGGUCGGAUGCGGUCCUGCUCAUCUUGUCUGCCUUUUGGCUGUAUCAGUUCUUGCGCGUUCCACACGACAUUUACCAUGCGGCCAGGACGAGACGCAUACUAGCUGCCGACUCUCACGAAGACUCUUCCGACUUGUCUGUGCAGCAGCUGGAGGCCAUUGCUGAACUCAAGCGCACCGAAGCCAUUAGCCUUCUCGCUUGCGUGGCCAGCCCUGUGGCUGGGGCUUGGGUGCUCCAGUGGCUCAUGGAGAAUUUGACAGAGGGUAAUCGCUAUUUCAACAAAUUCAACAUCCGUCUCUUCAUGCUGGCCGCGGGCAUCAAGCCUUGGACACACGCGUUCUCGUUGCUUCGACAGCGUGUGUUGCAUCUACACGAAGUGGUCCACUAUCCGUCUUCCCGAGUCCAGGCUCUCAACAACCGCGUCGCAUCCCUGGAGACGGACAUUGCUGCUCUUCGACGCUUGGUGGCGCUCAAGACCGACGUGUCCACUCUGCGAGAAGGCAUCGAUGUGCCUUUGACUCAGCUCAGUCGGUCCAUGCGACGCUACGAGAAGAAGGGAGAGCAUUUGCGCUUGUCUGCAGAAGAUAAGUUUGGCCUGCUUGAAGGACGUUUGGAGGACCUGUUGCGCGAGGUUGCGAUCAACGCAGAGCUCAUCGAGGAAGAGCGAAGAGAGCGUGAACGCGCAAGCUUGCUUCCGGCUUCCAUAUUCCAGGCGCUCAAAUUUGCGUUGGGACAGCGAAACGAGUCUCAACGUCACUACCUCUACGACGCCCCUCGCAGCCUCCCGUCGACGGCUUCACUAGGCUUGGCUGCUCCUGAUGGCACCACCUCGACGUCGGCCUACAACAAGACCAUCGGGCCCGCUCCAAAUGUGAAUGUAGCGGCAUCUUACACUACAUCGGCAGCAGAUCCCCGUCUGUACGCUGGGAGCGCGCAUCCGAUGGCUUCGCCGCCUUUGUCGCCCUCGCAUGUACCUGGUCAGCUGCACAGCGCAGUGGCCCAACAAGCGGACAAACCCGACGAGAAGUGGUAUUCUUCAGGCCCUGGAUACCUCCUCACGCUUCCUGUCACUCUACCACUGAGCGCAUCCAACGCAGCCAUCAAGUUUGCCAACGAGAAGGUAAGAGGCGCAGUCAGCGAUGCGUCUCAAAGCGCCUUGGACGCUGCCGGUGCGAACAGCCAAGGACAGAAUGCACCUGCCCAGCAGUAUCAGUCUCAACAGCAACAGCAGCCUCAAGGACCGCACAGGAAUGGAUCGACGAGGGGCGGCAAGAUGCACAGCACGGCUCAUCACCGCCGAAUCGAAGCUUUUGGUAAAGCCUAGUUCCCCCUCUGGCCGCACCUUCAAGCGUGAUCACUUUCUCAAACGACUCGCCCAGACUCUUUCGAAGUGCUCAUAAACCCGCCAGCGCGAGAGCACCUUGUAGCCCUUCUCUAAAGCCUGCGCUAAAACGAUGCUGGCUUCGCCUCACCCAUCCCUCAGACCUGUAUUCCUCCUUGCUUCGCCUCACCCACCCCUCAGACCUGUAUUUUCUCUUGGCAACGCCGCUCUUCUCGGUCCAACCCUUGCACAUUUGGCCACACGCACGAUCGCUUCUCCAUCCUUCAUCCCUUUAGGUCAUCUUGAACUCGUCAUACAAAGUUUCAUGGACAGAUACCCCACUCCACUCCCCCUCCCACCUUGGCACUUUUUACAAAUUCCAUCACACUUGCGAAUGCACCC